CGCAGUCUCUGGUCAUCUCCUGUACUGUGUCCGCAGUCUCUGGUCAUCUCCUGUACUGUGUCCGCAGUCUCUGGUCAUCUCCUGUACUGUGUCCGCAGUCUCUGGUCAUCCCCUGUACUGUGUCCGCAGUCUCUGGUCAUCUCCUGUACUGUGUCCGCAGUCUCUGGUCAUCCCCUGUACUGUGUCUGCAGUCCAUUAGUUCAGAAUAUUUUUUUUUCUUGUUUUUCACCUCUAAAACCUAGGUGCGUCUUAUGGUCAGGUGCGUCUUAUGGAGCGAAAAAUACGGUUUUUUUUUUUUCCACUUUAUUGCAUAGAAUGCAGUAAAGUAAAAAAAAACACCCCUCUGCCU